CCAAAACUCUCUCUCUGUAAGAAAAGUACAGAAAACGCUCCGAUUUCCCCUUAUAUAGGGUUUCCAAAACCCUAAUUUCUUCCCCGAAAUCCUCUCUCCCUCUCUAUACAUCCUUAUAUUCUACCAGAAAUCUGAGAAAUGGAGGAAUUUGCGACCGAUCCGAAGGAAGAGUAUCUGAUACAAGACUACGGCGACGAGUUUUACGAGGAGAUCGAAGCGCCCAAGUUCGUGGAUUUCACUGACCCUGAUCGAUCCCGGCCUGAUGACAGUUCUUGGUUCUGCGUGCGCAUCGGAUGUGACCAAAAGCAUGAGAAAGUUGAUCCUGAUGCUCUUUACAAGAGUUUCGUUCUUCGGGUAAUGGCAGCAAGAAGUCCCAACCUACGCCUCCGAAAAGCACUGAGUAGACGUGCUCCAAGUGCAAUCCUCAAAUGCCCUCGUUCUGCACCAGCGAAAUCAGCCAAGGAUAGGAUACCGAGAUUGACCAUGAUGACAUCAAUCUCUCAAAAGGCCCGUGAUAGCAAAGUGAAAGUUUCUCUUAUUUCCAAGUUGAAUUUGACUCCGAGCAAUGGAAAGACAAAGAAAUCUUCUAUUACAGGAAAGGCUUUGACGACUCCUAGGCACAAAAACUGCCCUCAGAAUCAAGAACCCUUUCGAAGUGUUCGGAAUCCAAAAGUAACCCCAGCAUUGCCUAAGAGUAGCACAGCAGCAAAAGCACUAGUUUUUCAUAGUCCAAAGAAAACUGAGAAGACAACUUCAUUUAAGUGCCAUAAUAUUUCUACACCGGAUAUCUGUAGUGAGAUGAGGAAGCUUGCGAUAAGCAGUCAAACAAAGAAGGCAGCGGGUCAUUUUUGUAAAUCUUUGAGAAAUGCAGCGCGAGACCCAAAUUGUUCCGUGCCCACUUCAAGCCCUGCAAAAUCACAGUUGUGUGCUUCCAAGCAACACCGUAACCAGGCCAAAGUUUCAUCCAUUUCUCGAGGUUUUAAGGGCCGCGAAGUUCCUUCAAAGUAUCUGAAGAAGGUAGGAAAGGUGAAUUUACAGAAAUGUGAUGGAUCCAUGCCUCAAAGAGAUGGUGAUGACUCUAGUGAUAUGGAGAUUGAUGGAAAAUCGAGGAAUGGCUCUAUGGAAGCAUGCCCAAAUGGAUGUGAGGGGAGUCUUAAAGAUGCAAAAUCUUCAAAAUUAGGAGACGCAAUCACUACUGAAGAAGAAGAAUCCUUGCCGUCUUCAAGGGAGCCAUCUAUUAAAGAGAAUACAUUAUCGCGGUCUGAGAAGGAUCAGACUUCAAAUAGAGUGGUGGCUGAGACUGAAACAGUGCAGAGUUCUGAUACUGAAAGUACUUCCGUAGUAGGAGUUGCAAAUACUACAGAGGAAGAAUCAUUCCCUUCUUCAGAUGACUCCUCCAUUAGAGAGAACUCUCUAUCAAAUUCCGAGGAAGAUUUGCAAGAAAAAGAUCCGAUAAUUCAAACUUUGAGUGUAGUAGCAGAGGAGGCUGAAAUUAUGGAAAGGGUUGAGAAGAAUUUAGAAGAAAAUAAUCGAACUUCAAAUGGUGGAGUAGAUGAUGAGACUGAAGAACCCAUUGAGAUUGCUGACAAAGAAAAUGCAUCUGCCUCGGAUGAGAAUAGAGAUGUUAAUGUACGUGGCCACCAUUCAGAAAGCAAGGUUGGCCAUCACAAGGUUCAUGAAAACCCUCAAAAGGUCAAUACUUCCAAAACUACUCAUGAAAGCACUGCUACUAGCGGUACUCAAGGCGGGAAGUAUAAGAAAGCAAAACCAACAAAUCCCAAGCCUUUUAGACUAAGAACUGAUGAAAGAGGAAUUCUAAAGGAAGCAAACUUGGAGAGAAGGCUUCAACUCCUUGCUCCUUCAAAGGAAACCACUCCAGUUUCCAAGCUUCCAAAUGGGAACUUGCAUAAAAGACCGCCACCUCGGAAUGAGUUACAACAGAAUGGGAUGGUUAAUGGACGAUGUAGAAGAAACAGCAAUACACAGGAGAGCAGCCAGAUUGAAUCAGAUAAAACAGUACAAAAAGCUAACUCAAUUUUGCAGCAACGAAUGAGACCUGCAAGCCUUAAGUCAGCAAGAAGUGCGGAUUCCAAAACAGCUGCGCAAAGUCCUCAAAUACACAAGUUGAAAGAUGGAAGGGAGAAAGUUACUAAAGAAAUACAGAACAGGAGUCCCAAAUCGCCUUCAUUGCGGCAACAACUCCUCAAACCUGGCAGGGCUGCGGCGUCGCCAGGUCAACUUGCCGUAAUAAAAGAAGCACCCCAUGAAGACAUAGUGGAGAACAGUACUACUGCUGCUGCAGCCAGGUCUUCUUCACGUGGGAAAAGGCCUGUAACAGUUCCGAAGGAACCGAUGUUUCACAGGAUGCAUGUACCAAAGAGCUGCACGAAGACACCAGUGAAGGCGACCUCAUAAUCAGGGUCAUGAUGUCUCGACCCUUUGUAUUCGAUUGUUUUAUUCAUUUUUACCUAUGUUUGUAAUCUCUAGUGUUCUUUUUUAUCCUAUGUUUGGAGGGCAUGAUUUGAUGCUCAUGUGCCUGAUUUUCCUGACAUUAAAAAAAUAUGAGAAUGAAAAGGUCUACAUGAGUAGAUUGCAGAA